AUGGCGGAGCUGCAGGCCUCAUCUGUCUCGCAGGAUGCCAUCACUGUGGCCCAGCUGGAAUUGGGGGGCAAUCCAAAUGCCAUGGCUCUUCGGCGGCCGUUCGAUCCUGUGGCUCAUGACUUGGACGCUUCGUUCCGUCUGACACGUUUUGCUGACCUAAAAGGAUGAGGGUGUAAGGUCCCUCAGGAGGUUCUUGGGAAACUCCUUGAGGGACUGCAGCAAGACGAAAACAAUGCCCAGGACGAACAUGCCCACUUUAUGCACAUGGCAAUACCCCGAAUUGGCAUUGGUAUGGAUUCCUCCGUAGUUCCACUGCGUCAUGGAGGGCUAUCCUUGGUCCAGACGACAGACUUCUUUUACCCCUUAGUAGAUGACCCAUACAUGAUGGGGAAAAUUGCCUGUGCAAAUGUGUUGAGUGACCUCUACGCUAUGGGUGUGGUCGACUGUGACAACAUGUUGAUGCUGCUUGGUGUAUCCACCAAAAUGACGGAGAAGGAGAGAGAUGUUGUUGUGCCCCUCAUCAUGAGAGGUUUUAAGGAUUCUGCAUUAGAAGCUGGUACUUCAGUCACAGGAGGUCAAACUGUUGUAAAUCCAUGGUGCACUAUUGGUGGUGUAGCUUCAACUGUGUGCCAACCCAAUGAAUACAUUGUCCCAGAUAAUGCUGUAGUUGGUGAUGUACUUGUUCUCACCAAGCCUUUAGGAACCCAAGUUGCUGUGAAUGCUCAUCAGUGGUUAGACAUUCCAGAGCGCUGGAACAGAAUCAAACUUGUUGUUUCUGAAGAUGAUGUAAGAAAAGCUUACCAGAGAUCCAUGGAUUCAAUGGCCAGGCUAAACCGAAUCGCUGCUCGCUUAAUGCACAAGUAUAAUGCUCAUGGUGCGACUGAUGUGACUGGAUUUGGACUGCUGGGCCAUGCACAAAAUUUAGCAAAACAUCAGAAGAAUGAAGUUUCCUUUGUUAUCCACAACCUCCCAGUAAUAGCAAAAAUGGCAGCUGUUGCAAAGGCUUGUGGUAACAUGUUCCAGCUGUUACAAGGACAUUCUGCUGAGACUUCAGGUGGACUGCUGAUUUGUUUACCAAGAGAGCAAGCGGCAGCCUAUUGUAAAGACAUUGAAAAGCAAGAAGGUUAUCAGGCUUGGAUUAUUGGUAUUGUUGAGAAAGGAAAUCGCACAGCACGUAUCAUUGACAAGCCUCGAGUGAUAGAAGUACCAGCUAAAGAAAAAGAUGGAGAGCUGUGGUAGUUUUAGUUAUGUUCCCACCAUGAUCUUGAAAGCCUGCAAUAUCAUACACUAGUAGUGCUGGCAGUGAUUUUAACAUUAUUCAACAUUAAUUCUUCCAUUGUUUCUGGCAUUCCUUUAUGAAAUUUGUUAUUCUAAAAUGUUACUUCUAGUUGGUGGGUGUACUGACUUUGAUAGUACCGCUGGCCAUUCAGUUAAUAUCCAUAUGUAUAAUGCAUAGUAUUUUGGUACUUUCAAUUUUUGUUGAUUUCUUACAGAUGCGAUUAAGAUCUUAUUGCUACAUAUUACUCCCUACUGUAAUUGAAGAAAUUUGAUCUGUUGAUUUUAGUCCUCUAUUCAGAUUAUGUGGUUUCAAGCCUGUCGUAGAUGCUUGUUAAGAUUAUUUUACAUUUUAAGAUGCUAUCUUUCUGCUCUUUUGCAUGAAUGCACAAACUGGUUUCAUUUCUGUAAUUUUAAUUACUUCCACCCAUCUAGGUCUCAAUGUGUUGUUGCUUUGAAGCACAUUCCUUUCCUUUUUGUAUUACUUAUUUAAUUGUUGUGCCAUACUGGCUACUUUGUUAAUUUUCUUAGUGCUUCACCAUGUAUUCCGUUACUGAAUUUUCUGUGACUCACUCAUUGAUGUAUGAUUCGGUAUAGUUAAAGUUGGUUAUCCAAACGCUAUUCUGAUGAGGUUUGGCAAUGAGUUUGUGAUAAAAAAUUUGGGUCCAUUACGUCCAAAAAUACAAAUUUCAUACAAAAGAGAA